AUGCUCGGUGACUUCCCCCCCGAACUCCUCAUCCAAAUAAGCCACCAUCUCCCCCCCCCCUCGCUGCUCUCCCUCCUCCGAACAAACAGCACCAUCUACGCCCUCCUCCUCCCAGAACUAUACAGAUGCAACAUCUCCAGCACGGGCGGACACGCGCUCUCCUUCUACGCCUUCUACGGCUACGAAUCCCACGUGCGCGCGAUGCUCGUCCGCGGCGCACAGGUCGACAUCCCCAACCCCCGCUACAGGGAUUACACGCCCCUCAUGCUGGCCGUGAGCAGAGGCCAUCUCGGCAUUGUGCGUGUCUUGGUCGAGUACGGGGCGGAGAUCAACGGGCGCGGAGAGAGACAUGUCCCGCUCGAGCUGGCGGUGUUGAAUCCCGUCGAGGGAUUGGAAAUGCUGACGCUCCUGCUUGAUCUGGGGGCCAAGGUCGAUGCCAGGGGGGAGAAUGGGAGGACGGCCUUGACGACGGCGGGUCUGUCGCAGAGUCCAUUCACUGCUGAGAUGGUCGCCUUGCUUCUGCAUGGGGGGAGGGAUCGCAGUUGAGAUUGCUUUACUCUCUAUGUAUCUAUAGAUAGAUGCUUUACCUUUAGAUUUAUGUAGAUUUACUCUCUGC